AUGCCGGUGGACCUCCACAGUGCGGUUUGCCCUUCUUGUGGGGGCUAUGUCGUCCUCCAGGCCGCGGAUCGAAACGAGAACGACGCCGCGUGCGCACUGCAGACCUUUGCCGUCCUGAAAAAAGUUUUGACGACGGCGACGACCGCCCCCAUGACGGAGAAGCCGGAAACCAACGGCGGCCCCCUCGCGGCGGCCAAACUACGGCGCGCCGUCUCGACACUGGAGGCUGUCGUGGAGGAUUGGUGCCAAUCCCCCGCGCUGGGACUUCACGACGACGCCCUCCACACAGUCCGCCCCGGGCUCACGGCGGAUCUGCAGGCGCUUCUUCAAUUUUUAGAACCCUUUUACCCCCAACUCGACCUCACCCGCCGCGCGGCCGCCCUGCUCAAGCAAUUCCUGACCUUUAUGGACCGCCGAUGUGGGGUGUCGGAGACGACCUACUUCAGCCCGAAGGAGAUCUGCCCGGAAUGUUUGGGCAGCCACCCGCGCGAGCUUUGCUUUUUUCACCCCAAACAAUGGGUGUGUGAGAUGUGUGGUGAGGUCGGGGUUAACAAAGGCCUUGGGCGCUAUCUUUGCACGCAAUGCCUUGCUCUGCGUCCUUGUGUGCGGGAGCUCUUUCCUGCGGAGUGUUGGGAAUGCACGCGGUGUCGGCGCGCGAACAUGGAGUUUGAGAGGUACUGCAUGCACUGCGGCCAUGGGCGGCCCAGGGAAGCGAACCCCACCCUCGCCGAUACGCGUAAUGGUGUGGAGGCUAAGGAAAAGGACAUCAGCGGCGACGCUAACGAAAGCGGGUCCACGGCGACGGGGGUAUGCCAACGCAUACCGUUCUGCCCGAUCAGAUGCACGCGCUGCGGCGAGGUCUAUAUCGACCUCCGAUGCUUGCAAUGUUGUGGACAUCUUUCCGGGGUACUCAUGAACACCAUCAUCGUGGAAAUCAAACGGCAUGAGCGGCAUCCACGCCGGCCGGAAAUCGUAGUGGCGCACCGCCCACCGGAUUGUCUGCGGGCGCAUGAGGAUCCCAUGCGGUCGGUGCUCUUCUACGAAGGUCGCUCAACACAAGAGGUAGUCAAUCAAGGCGAUAUCGAACCAACAUGCAUGCCGUGA